AUGAAUUCUACAAUUUCUAACGAUUUGAAUCGUGAGCAUUUAGCAUUUGAAACAGCACAGUGUUUAAAAAAUAUUCACGCCAACACCAAAAACAUAACUACGUUACAUAAAGAAUUAUUGGAAAUAAAUUUAUCUCUUCAAGUUCCCAAAAAGUUGUGGAAGUAUUCAGUGAAAAAUAAUAAAAUGUCAGAGUCACCUAAAACACCACAAAAAAGAAAAAGCCAUAGUAGAAAUGUGUAUGUAUCAAUCACAGAAGCAAAUAACAAUGGCAAGCCACAAAUAUCAAAACAACAAUCUGCAAAGAACUUUAUUGCAUGGUACAAAUCAAAGAUUGAUAAUGAUCGUCAAAGUUUGAGUUCAUAUUUAUCAGAUGAAAUAGUUUUAGAGUGGUUUGGCCGAACGAUAAAAACAAGAAAAAAAGUAUCCUCCUUUGUAAAAAAUGAUAUUCAGUGUUCCAGACAUGAUUUUAUUAGUGUUGAAAGUAUUGAUAGAAUUCAAACAAGGCAUGAAAAAUUUCAAAGAACCAAUGAUACUACCUUUGUAAGUCCAUUACAAUCACCUGAAUUAGAAAUUUCCCAAAGGCAAAAAACAAGUAAACGAAAACUGGAGUCAGUUUGCCUUAGUCCUCAGUGGGCUGAAGGCUGUGGGCCAGAUGAAGAAAAUGAGCCUAUUGAGAAAAAGAAGAAAACCAAACACAAUUUAAAUCAUAAUAACAGUAAAUUUAAGGAUGUUUCUCAAAAUGUAAUUGGCAACAAGGGAGAUGGGAUGACUGACAAAACGAAAAGUAAACACUCAUCUAUAACACCCCCAAAUAAAGAGUGCGGUCAAGGUGACUGCCUUCCUUCUACAAGUGGUACCAAUCCUGAAAGCUCAACUGAAACAAUAGAUAUCCAGCUACCUAAAUUAACAGUAGAAUGCAAUGGCUAUAUAGAAUUUACAAGAACUAGGAAUAAUCGCAGUACAGACUCGAUGAAAUGGGAUAGAAGGUGUAAAGUACAAAUUAGUUAUUCUGAAGACCCAUUAAAUGUUGGUGAAUACAUUAUUUGGGCCUUACAGUACAGUGAUGAAAAUAAAUGCAGAAGAAAUUUGCUAGCUGCCUUUGAAGAAGCGGUGUCUGAC